CUCCCUCUCUCUCUCUCUCCCUCGAGAAGUAUCCAUGUCCUCUUUCGAUCAGCACCAGCGCCCCCCAGCGCAGCAGGCUUCGACGGCCUCGUCGCAGCAGGCCAGUGCUGUGCCUACAGCCGCUGGUGGUUACCAGCCCGGGGCGCCCCCCUUCCAUCCAGGUGCCACCCCCUUCGCUACAGAGCAUCACCAGCAAAUGCAGCAGCAUGGUCAGGGACACACAUCGGCGGCGGCGGCGGCGGCCGGACAAGCGGCACAUUCUCAGCAAAUGAAUGCCCCGGCGCCGAGCGGUGAUGGCGGUCCCUCGACCUACCACAUCCCGUACAGUCGGCACCAAUCCUACGGCGGGACUGGUCCGGCGGCCGGCGGAGCGCAGUACCCCCAGGGACAGGCCCCCUCCUCCGCGGCUGGGCCCCGGGCGGUUGGUGCUGCUGGGACUGGCUCCAAGCCAUCGGCCUAUGCACCUGGCCAGCAGCCUCGCAUGCCGCCCACCAGCGGCAUGGCCUCAGCCGUGUCCUCCUCCGCGUAUCAAGUCCACCCGGGGGUGGCAUCCGGUACUGGUGCUUCCUCGGCGGCCGCCCUGCAGCAUCGGUCCAUCUCUGGGCAGCUGUACCAUUCAGCCGGCCGGCCUGCUGGCUAUCAGCAGCAGCACCUUCAGCACCCGGUCAGUACCAUGCCUGCCCCGCCGGUGACCAUUUCGGUCAAUGUCGGUGGGACCAACUUCGAGGUGGAUCCCAAGUUCCAAAUCAUCAAGGCGAUUGGCCAGGGCGCCUACGGAGUGGUCGUAUCUGCCAUCAACACGCAAACCGGCAAGAAGGUGGCCAUCAAAAAGAUCGCCAACGCAUUCCACCAUCUGACUGAUGCUAAGCGCACCUUGCGCGAAAUCAAGCUCCUGCGCUACUUCAACCACGAGAAUAUCAUUUCGAUCGACGAGAUCCUCCGGCCUCCCUGUCUGGCCAAGUUCAACGACGUGUACAUCAUCAGCGAGCUGAUGGACACUGAUCUGCACCAGAUUGUGGGGUCCUCCCAGCCACUGACAGAUGAUCACUGCCAGUACUUCAUCUAUCAGAUCCUUCGCGGUCUGAAGUACAUCCACUCGGCCAACGUGCUGCAUCGCGACCUGAAGCCCAGCAACAUUCUGCUGAAUGGUAACUGUGAUCUUAAGAUCUGCGACUUUGGCCUGGCCCGCGUGGCCAACCAAUCUGCCAGCCCCUCGAUUAGCGCUUUGACCGAAUAUGUGGCUACCCGCUGGUACCGUGCUCCGGAGAUCAUGCUCGGCUGGUGCCCCUACACCAAGGCCAUUGAUGUCUGGAGUGUUGGCUGCAUCCUGGUGGAGAUUCUUGCUCGGCGCCCGCUCUUCCCAGGUCGCGACUACAUCCACCAGCUCAACCUCAUCACCGAGCUCACGGGGACCCCGGACGAGUCGCUCAUUGCCCGGGUGCACAACCCCCGUGCGCAGACCUUCCUCCGGUCCCUCCCGCCCCGGAACAAGAUGUCCCUGCGGGAUCUCCUCCCGAACGCUAGCGAUCUGGCCAUCGACCUGGCCGAACGCAUGCUGAAUUUCGAUCCGGCCAAGCGCAUCACUGUCGAGGAUGCCCUGCGCCAUCCAUAUCUGGCCGCACUGCAUGACCCUACCGAUGAGCCCGAGGCCCCGGCCAUCUUCGAUCUGGACUGGGAUUCGGUUUCCAAGUGCGUGAAAUCCGUGCGCAAUCAGGUCUUCCUGGAGAUGCUGGCCUUCCAUCCGGAAGCCGCCGAGCCGGGCUUCGACGUGGCCAGCCAAACCAUCGGCUCGACUCCCGUCAGCCAGUCCUCAUCGAGUGCCAACAUCGCCGCCAUGGGCGGAGCCGGUGUCGGUCGCGCUCCCGCCCCCCAGCACUACCCUCAGCACUACAGCGGCACGGUUCCCGGUGCCGGUGGCCGGACGUCCAUGAUGUCGACUCCCGGUACGGGGGCCACCUCCUACCACCCGCAGCAACAUCAGCAGCAACAUCAGCAGCAGCAGCAGCAGCAGCAGCAGCCGUCGCACCACCAUCACGCCACCGGGUCCCACCAGUAUUCGCGCAUGUAG